AUGCAAAAACUUUAUAAAUUUUUCGCGAUUUUUUUUCUAGUUUUCGAAGUGAAUUGUAUCGAGUUGUUUAGGACCCCAAAAGUGCCCCGUUUUGAACAUGAAUGGUGGGGACCUGCGCAUUUGAAGUAUAGCAAUGAUACAAGCAUUAAACCUUUUGAAGUGCACUUUUCUGAUGAGAUGAUCCUAGACCUAAGAUAUCGACUGAAGAACACAAGAUCAUGCACCCCUCCGCUAGAAGGCGUCAACUUCGAGUAUGGUUUCAACACAGACCACCUACAAGGAUGGCUGGACUACUGGGCGGACCACUACCCAUUCCAGCAUCAAGAAGCCUACCUCAACCAGUACCCUCAAUUCAAGACUAACAUCCAAGGACUUGAUAUACAUUUCCUCUGGGUAAAACCUCAUGUACCAUCGACAGUAGAGACGAUACCACUCCUACUGCUGCAUGGUUGGCCAGGCUCCGUCCGGGAGUUCUAUGAGACCUUACCCAUGCUGACAGCUGUGUCAGCUGACAGGGACUUCGCGUUAGAAGUCAUAGCUCCUAGUCUGCCGGGCUUCGGGUUCUCUGACCCAGCAGUUCGUCCAGGAAUGGGACCUUCGGAGAUGGCUGUGGUCCUGAGGAACCUGAUGCACAGACUUGGCUUCAAGAAGUUCUACGUGCAGGGCGGAGACUGGGGAGCUGUGGUUGGUCAAGAUAUGGCGACCAUUUACCCGAAGGAGGUGCUCGGAUAUCACACGAAUCUUGCGGUAUCGUUCGCACCUGCAUCGAUAGCGCUCUGGUUGUUGGGAUCCGCGUUCCCCCCGCUGGUGGUGGAGCCAGAACUUGCUGAUAGAAUGUACCCGAUACUGGGCCAUGUGUACUGGCUCGUCAGAGAAACUGGAUACUUCCACGAACAAGCCACCAAGCCAGAUACUUUAGGAGUAUCAAUGGCAGAUUCCCCGUCUGGUUUGCUAGCCUACAUCUUCCAGCUGUUCUCAUCAGGCACUAGAAGGAAGUACUACUACAGGAAUGACGGCGGUAUCGACGAGCAGUUCACACGGGAUCAACUGAUCGAUAACUUGAUGAUUUACUGGAUGACCAACAGCUUCACAACCUCAACCAGGAUAUAUGCGGAGUUCGCAACUCUGAGAAAUUUCGGAAUGGGGAUUUUUGCGAUACCCACACCAGUUCCAACCUGGACGAUCCACGCUAAAGACGAAAUCAUAUACCAGUCUCCUACGUUACUGAGGCAUAAGUUCCCGAACCUCAUCAACUCUACAGUACUCAACACGGGAGGACAUUUCCUGGCGUUUGAGAUGCCUCGAGUAUUUGCAGACGAUGUCCUGGCUGGAGUCUCCGCAUUUAGAAGGUGGCAUUACCACAAUAAGCUACAAAAAAAUAAAUAUGAAUUUUAA